AGCUGCUGUCCCAUCAUCUACUCGCCAGCCAAGAUAGCAAAGCUCAAGCACCUCCCUUCCUUCCAAUCUCCUUCCUCUCGGAAAUCUCCUUUUGGCACGAUUAGUGCAACACCAGGAUUCUCUGCAACAGCUCACAGAGGGCCGUCAAAAUUUCUUUCCUUGAGGAUCUUGAGUGUGAGGAGGCAGAAAGAAUGGGCGCUGGAGCGAGUGCCGAAGACAAAAAGUCCAAGGAGUUGGAAAAGCAACUUCAAGAGGAUGCCGACAAGGACUCAAAAACGGUCAAGCUUCUGCUGCUUGGUGCUGGCGAGUCAGGCAAAAGCACCAUUGUCAAGCAAAUGAAGAUUUUACAUCAAGGUGGUUACACAAAAGAGGAACAAUUGGAAUUCAGAGCCGUCAUCUACGGCAACAUCCUGCAGUCUGCUCUGGCUAUCAUCAGAGGCAUGGAGAUGCUGGGGAUUGAUUUUGGCGCUGCUUCUGCACAGGAGAACGCACAGAAGCUGCAGAACCUGUCCGAUUCCAUCGAGGAAGGCACAAUGCCUGCCGAGCUGGCUGACGUCAUUCAGAAGCUGUGGAAGGACUCCGGCGUGCAGGCCGGCUUCGAGAGAGCCGCCGAGUACCAACUCAACGAUUCGGCCGGCUACUACCUCAACGAAAUGGACAGAAUCUGCAAACCAGACUACCUCCCCACCGAGCAGGAUGUGCUGCGAUCUCGAGUCAAGACAACUGGUAUCAUUGAGGAACAGUUCUCCUGCAAAGAGCUGCACUUCAGAAUGUUUGAUGUGGGAGGCCAGAGGUCCGAGAGAAAGAAGUGGAUCCACUGUUUCGAGGGCGUGACAUGCAUCAUUUUUUGUGGCGCCCUCAGCGCUUACGACAUGGUGCUGGUAGAAGACGACGAAGUGAACCGAAUGCACGAGUCUCUCCAUCUAUUCAACAGUAUCUGCAACCAUAGGUUCUUUGCGCUGACCUCCAUCGUACUGUUUCUCAACAAGAAGGAUCUUUUCGAGGAUAAGAUCAAGAAGGUCCACCUGAGCAUCUGCUUCCCAGACUAUGAUGGCCCGAACACGUACGACGAUGCCAGCAACUACAUCAAGGCGCAGUUUGAGGAGCUGAACAUGAAGAAGGGCGCUAAAGAAAUCUACUCCCACUUGACCUGUGCCACAGACACAAAGAACGUUGAGAUUGUGUUCAAUGCCGUCACAGACAUCAUUAUCAAGGAGAACCUUAAGGACUGCGGUCUCUUCUAAGCAGUCCCAAAGUCGUAGAACUUCACUUUGUCCCUCACAUACUGGCACUAACUGAGAUGUGUACCAAUGGAGCAGCAAGGAUCCUCUCUAUUCGUUGUGUUCAUGCCAAGUGACUCUGUCCAAUCUCACAUUCUUCCUGCUACACAGCUCAUGUCCGACUGGGUCGAGACGCCCUACUUAACGGACAUUCGAGUUUUUACUGGUUCUUCGGUUGUGAAAAGAAAAACCCAGCAGCAGCUGGUAUUUGAAGAAGACACAAUUGCGUCCCUUGCCCAUCCCCCGUGAGCUUGAUUAAGUUAUUUUGAACGAAAGUCAGUGAAUCCAGAGUUAAAAGAGUAAUGUCUUUGUGUAGCAUCAUUGCAGCGUUUUUGUUUUUGAGUAUUGUAGUCGGUGGUCUUGAUAUAAUCGUAAGAUGUUGCAGAGCAAAUAUCUGAAAUUAUUCCCCGUGUUUGCAGAAUGUCCAGAUUACAAACCAAAUUGUAUAUGAUUUAAAAUAGUGCUGAUGCUUUCUAUACAACUGACCUAUAAAGAGAAAAAUACAUUUCUGUUGGGCAAACAAGUUAGACAAACAUUGUACAUAAGAGAAGUUAAUUCAUACUUGUUUUGAACGAUAAUGUAUAUGUUACAUAUGUUGUACACAAGAGAGCGAAAGAAAAAGGCAAGCAAUAUAGAAGGGUGUUGCUUUAUUACUAAAAAGGGAAUGAACAUUUACAGUUUGUCCUUUCUUAUAAAAUGUAGAGGCAUGAAUUAAAGCUGCAUCACGCA